AUGGACCCGUGGAAGAACGGCCUGUGGCUGAAGAGGGCCAUCCAGCCAACGAAUUACAGCUGCGCUGUGAGAGCGCGACAGAGCAGGCUGAGCCAACAGAACUGCCACAAUCGCCACACCCUUGACCAACCGGCAAGGUCUCAUAACCAGAAUCAGGCCAAGUACACCAAUUCGCCGCACGACCCACUCUUCGCAGAGGUGUCUUCAAGCUCUCAGCAGUACGUGCUGCAGUCGCCCCCGGUACGGCAACGUUCCGUUCUUCCUCAGAACUUACAGGUUGCUCUUAGCGCCGCACUCUAUCAUCAACACCACCACCAGCAGCAGCAGAACCCGCACCAGGCGCACUUGACGUCGGUUCGCCUACACGGUCCAAUCAUGGAAGCCAUCGAAGGUCACGUGAUGGACUUGUCGCCCUCAUCGGUCACGCCCUCACUUUCAAGCGAUCUGUCAGAUUAUUCGGACGAUAGCUGCAAUAAAGACUACACCACACUGACCACUCCUAUGGGAGCUGACGUACAGACGCUAGACUGGGUGAUACACAAAAUGAUGGAGAGAGAGCAGACUCAGCAGUUACACAAGGAGAAGAUCGAAACGUGUCAUCUCUAUGAGUUGCCUAUAGAUCCAUGGAAGUGGACCUCGACGGAAGUGACGAAAUGGGCCACGUGGUUCAUGCGCAAGAACAACCCAACCACUGCGCAGGACGUCACGGACGCGUUUGAAAAGUACCCAAUCACAGGCGAGACACUGGCCCACUACUCAGGAACGGACCUGAAGCAGUACUUCGGCGAGUUCAGCGCCAAGGCUCACGAGUGCCUGAAGCUUUGGCUGGAAGGUAUGUCUCCGCGUGGUUAUGACAUCCAAAGGCAUCUCCUGGAUCUGGAGCGGUCCAAGCAAACGUACCUUGAACAAUUGCUUGACGUCAUGAACCAAAAUGACCUCAUCACCCAUGCACAAGAGGUCAAGAACCCAUCCGUGACCCUGACCCCUCCUCAUUCCGACUACGAUGUCCAGGUCAACAGCGAGGAAGCCUUCAGGAACGUGAUCGUUCAGCACAUCAAGCCCGAGAUCACCGCAUUCCCCUUUCCCGACCCAUGCUUAUCGGACUACCAGAGUCACUAUCCCAUCACACCGCUGAAGUGUCCAGAACCGCCAUUCCACCAGACGCAACCGGAUAUGAACGCCAGCGGUGGGAUAUUCGGAGCGGAUACCUUGGGACCGGAUGGCAUGGGACCGGAUAACUUGGGACCGUUCAUGGACAAGGACUUCAAGUUGGAUAUCGAUUCGGAUGAUGAGGCGGGCAAGCUCUGUGCGAUAAAAGAAGAGGUACAAUUCCCGACGCCACCCAUCAAGAGAAAGCGGGGCAGGCCACGAAAACCACGCUUUCCAAAACAAAAGCGCGACCAACCAAUUCUUUACAAGUUCAUCUUAAAACACCUAAACAAUCCGUCCGGUGACAGCUCCAAGUACCUCAACUGGGUCAACAAGUCCGAGGGUCUCUUCCGAUUCAAUUCUGCCAAGAAGGACGAGUUUGCCGAGAUGUGGGGACGAUUCAAGGGCAAGAGAGAACACAUGAUGUACCAGAACAUGGCGCGCGCACUGCGCAACUACACGCGUGGGACCGGGAACCGCAAAAUCAUGAUGAGCGUGCGCAAGAAGUUGCAUUACAAAUUCACACCGCUUUUUAUUCAAUGAGGCAGAAGUGUGUUUCGAGGAGGUGGCUUGCCCAUCCCCUGUGAAAAAGUAGACACAUGUCUCUGCGCACAGUACUGAGUGCCGUUUUGCGGAUCAAGCACGGAAAAGAUUUUAGAAAUAUAUAGGACGUUUUACAGUUUCGAUUGUAUUGUGAAACAGAGAGAGAGAAAAGGGAAGGAACGCAAAAUAUGUCAGGCAGACCGCGAAAAGCCGAUGUUUGAAACAAGAAUGAAAUCAUAUAUUUUCAGCAUUGGGUAUUUUAUAUUGCCUUUUGCAAAGGAGUUUUUUAUACCGUGCCAAAGAGAUUUCUAUGCAUGAUGUUUUCUGGAGUCUCUACUCUUUAUUUUUUAUGAAAAGGGAGGUUUGCUAACUCUGCCCGUUAAAGAAGUCUCUUCUUCAGACCUGUAAAUAAUAUCUAGUCAUAAAGUGAUCUAAUCUUGCACAAAAGCGUGAUUUAUUUUCUGAUCUCUUACAUGUUCUUUAUACGGAUUCAAACCGGAAGUGAUGUGUGGGUUUUGUAAUGUAUAGGCCUACAUUUCAUAGGACAGCACAGCAAAAAAAUGUGGUGUUAACCAGUGUAGUAGUGAAACACACCGGUUAUUUGACUUCGGUGUUAAAUUCACAGUGUUGGUGUCAUAUUUAAACACACCUGGUUGUUAUUUUUACACCUUUGGUAUUAUGUUCAAUAAUUUUAACACAUCAAGGUGUAAAUGACACCAGCUGGUGUGUAUGUGAUUUAUUUUUAUUUGGUCUUAUGCCAGUUUGUCCAAUUGCCAUCUCGUCUACUAUCAUUUGGUCUACCAUCAGUUCGUAGUCCACAUGGUCUAAUUGCCAUUUUGUCCACUCACCAUUUCGUCUAAUAACCAUUCGGUCCAAUAGCCAUUUAGUCCAUAUACUAUUUGGUCUAAUUAGACUAAGUGUUAAUCGGGCAAAAUGAAUGAAAAUAAAUCGGAUAUUAGACCAGCUGGUUAUGAGACGAAAUGGUCAUAGACGAACUGGUGAUUAGACUAAGUGAUGAUUGGACCAAAAUGGUUAUUGAACCAAAUGGCUGAUAUAUAGAUGAAAUGUUGAAAUGGACGGAAUGGCAUUAGACUAUUAAGUUAGACCAUGUGGUGAGUGGAUGAGUUGACAGUAGACGAAUUGGCAAUUUACCGUGUAUGUUUCAAACGGAACCAUUGCUGUUGGAAGCAAUAAAGCAAUAAAUCAUCGGGCUCCUGGAAGAAGGGACUCAGGAGGAGUUUACAAUUUUUUUGUGUAAAUUAUUUCAAAUAUUGAAAGAGUAUAUCGUAGGCUUUCCAAUAGAGCAAACAUUAUUUCGAAAUUAAAAGUAAAUCUCAAAAUUUGAGCAAAUAAAAAAAGGCGUAAUAAAAAAAUCCCCCCAAAAGUAUAAAUGAUGAUAAAAAGUCCCUUCUUGCAGUGCUUGGGGGAAGCUGACGUAUUUGAGUUUUUAACUGUUUUCAUGUCAUUUGAAAUGAAUGUUAAUACAAUACAUGU